AUGAUCAGCAGGUGUUGCGGAAUACGCGUCACCAGGCAGAGUACAGCAUUUGGCAAUUAUUGGUCUGGUUCAUUGCUAGAUUAUGUAGGAAAUAAAUUAUUAUCCUUUGUUUUACCAUUUAUUAUUAUUAGUAAUUUGUUGCUCUUGCCUACAAAUUAUUUGAAUCUGCCAAAGAAUUUAAAAAAAAAAAGUUUGUGGAAAAGCAAGAUUUACAAAAAUGUCUUUGAUGAUAAUUUGAAUUUAAUUCCUACGAUUUUUUAGUGAUCAAGGAUCUUUAAUAAUUUGCCAUAAAAUUAUACCUAUACUAGAAUCUCUAAUUUUCUUGUUUCUCAGAUUUAAAAUAUUCACAAAAAAAAAAAUUUCAAAUGUCCUUGAUCAUUGGACUUAAUGUUGAAACAAAUCCUGUUAUGGAUGAGCAAAAGUAUUGAUGCAAGCAUUUUGGUGUUGUUAUAAAUAAUGGUAUUUUUCCAUAUAUAUUGAGUAGGCUGUUUUUUCAGGCAUAUUUAGUGGACUACUACGUGUACAGCUCAAGGUGUUUUCCAGGAGAACCACCGAGUCAUAUUGGUUUCAGCUACAUCUUGCCUAGUACAUUACAGUCCAGUGUUGGGCUUUUAACAGUACCAAUUACAAGCACAAAACAUAGACCAAUCGGACAACUUACAGUAGAGUAUGUUGUAAUAAAAUCAAUUCCGGAUUAUCCAUGGGAUAUGAGUAUUUCAUAUGCAAAACAUUGGGAACAACGGUGGUCUGGCCUGGAUGUAGGACAUAGAGGUUUAGGUACAUCCUUCCAAACAGAAAACUGUGCUAAUGUACGUGAAAAUACAAUAGCUUCUUUAAAGACUGCAUCGUAUCAUGGAGCUGACAUGGUUGAAUUUGACGUCCAAUUGUCUAAAGAUCAUAUACCGGUUAUUUAUCAUGAUUUUUAUGUUUCUAUUUCAUUGAAACGUAAGAAACAAAUAGAAGCUAUGGACAUGUUGGAAAUACCUGUUAAGGACCUUACACUAGAACAACUACAUCUAUUAAAGGUUUAUCACGUGGCUGAAGGUCGAGAAAAGAAUCCAAAAUUUUUUGAUGAAGAUCUAGAAGAUCAUCAGCCAUUUCCGACACUUCAGACCGUAUUGCAGGAAUUAGAACAACAUGUUGGAUGCAAUAUUGAAAUUAAAUGGACUAUGCAGUUGAAGGACGGUACAUUCGAGCUUAACCAUCCUUUCGAUCUCAAUCUAUAUUUAGAUAUUAUAUUAAAAGUCGUCCUAGAAUAUGGAGGAGAUAGGAAAAUCGUCUUCUCGUCAUUUAACCCAGAUAUUUGUGCCAUGAUCCGUCUUAAACAAAAUAAGUACCCAGUAGUAUUUUUGACACAAGGAAUUACUUCAAAGUAUCCUACUUAUCAUGAUCCGAGAUGUCAAACAGUACCAAUGGCUGUCAGACAUGCAUUAGCUGCUGAUAUCUUAGGAAUUAAUGUCCAUACCGAAGAUAUUCUUCGAGAUCCGUCGCAAGUUAAAUUUGUAAAGGAUGCUGGUUUAAUCAUUUUUUGUUGGGGAGAUGACAAUAAUGAUAAAGAUACGAUUCAACAUUUAAAGAAACUUGGUUUGCAUGCAGUCAUCUAUGACAAAAUUGAUGAAUAUAAUGCGAAAGAAGUUAAGGAAAGUAUAUUUUUGGUUGAUGCGAGAGAAAAUCAAAAGGCACUAAUUGCUUUGGCACAGUGUAAUCAAAAUUGUCCAUCACAGCCUCAAAUUAAUAAUUCUUUAAACACAGAGAAAGAUUAUUAUAUGGAUAUUGAUAAUUCGCAAAAUAUGAUUACAACUACGUCAACUGCAACUUCACUCGCAUCUUUUGGUAAGAAUAAUCUUGGUGAUGAUAAUAUAUAUCCCAUGUCAACUGUUAAAUUACCAAGUACAUGUGACCAUCAGGAGAGCAAAGAAAUUAGUGAGAUGACGAAAGAUUUCAGUGUUUGUGCACAAUCUUUCGGCCACUCGGUGAAAGCUAAAAGUAUAUCAGACUUAGUUUGUGGUCAAACGACGUUACCAGAAAUCUAUGGAGAGGAUGAGUCUGCAAAAGACUGUCUUUGAUGUUUCUCCUUUAAGAAACCAUUUAUGUCAUGGUUUUGACAUAAAAGACACUACCUAUGACAAGAGAAAAAAAGAAGCAGAAGAAAAUUUUUUGUAACUCAUAAUUUACUAUAAUAUUUAUAUCAAAGGGGUUAAACACAUCUGAUUUCCCCACCAGUCCUAGGAUCCGUAAAAUUGGAUCACCUUAACGGCCAUUACACGGAAUGUAUUCAUAUAAUGCGCAAGAAAGACGACCGAUUGUAUUUUUCAUGUUAUUUUAUCAUUCCUGUAAUCGGUCGACUUAAUUGUUCAUUGCAUAUUAUGUCUUACUUAAAAUUGUAUACAAUGGCCUUUUUUAAAGUUGAUCAAAUCCAGUGUUGGCUGUAGAAAAAGAUAUCAACUUCUGUUAUUCUGCCUAUGGUAGAUGAAUACGGAAGUUGUAAAGUUUUAGUACAAAUAUCUUCUUUUAUUUAGUUCAUAGAAGUCACCCCUCUCAUGUAUUUUCCUUCUUUUAUUAAUUAAAUACUAAUUUAAAGAAAUAGAAAUUGACAAAAACAUUAACAAAUAUAUGACGUCAUUAUUAUUAUUGUUAUUAUUAGUAUUAUUAUUAUUAUCUCUUUUUUUGUAAAUUAUCGAGAAAAAAUUUAGAAAGAAAUGAUGCGAUUUGUCUUUGACAGCUUUAUAACAUUGAAAAAAUUCUUAGUAAUUCAUUUUCGCAAUUAUAUUUCAGAUUCAUUUAUUUAUAUUUCAAAAUAUUUUACAACAUAAAUUUAAAAAAGAAAACAAUAUUUCUUUACAUUUCUUUUAAGUAAAAGAUUUUUGUUAAAAAAAGGAAAAUAUUGUGUGCUAAUAUAAAAUCAAUGUAAUUGUAAAAAUUAAAAAAACUGCUUUUUCCAUAUUAAAUAAUAAUAUGGUGAUUAUUACAAAUGAUCUUUUCAUUUUUGUACGAUAGCCGUCUUUAAAAAGUUCAAAAAUUAAUUUCCUUUGACAAAUAAUUAUUGAUAAAUAGAUACAAUUAUGAAAUUUACAAAUUUAUAAAAAUCAUUCAAUUGCUUUAUAGAUAACAUUUUGUCUGUCGGGUUUUAAUACUCAAUCAACCUCGUAAUAACUGCAUCAGUGACAAAAUAAGUAGCACGUAAAUAUCUUUUCAAAGUUUUUGAACAGAGAAGAUAAUUUAUACCGUUAUACCGCAUUGGUAGUAUGCUAUACAACUAAAGAGAGCGAUUGUAUCAAUCGUUAUGAUUCUGGCAAUAUACAGAAUAUCUGUUGAUGGUUAGAGAAGUAUACCACAGAUACGUUAUGAGAUCACAUAUGUAAAUGCACAUGUAUAGUGUGUCAAGAGGGGUGGUUACUGAUCUUUUCUAUUGUCAUAGAGGCUAUACAUUGUAAUAAACCAGUUGAUGAAUAUACAUAAAUUGAUUCGAUAAGUUUGUGAUUAAAAUACAUUGAUAGAAUUUUGCAAAUUCUGACACGUAGAUUAAUGCACUACAGUCUUCAAAUGUAUACUGAUAAACAUCAUAUAUAUUUCAGAUUUCUAAUCUUGUGUCUCUUUUUGUCUUUCCCUAUUAAACGAUAGUUUGAAUAUAUGCAACGAUUAAUUAUAAUUAAAAUAGUUGAUUUUAAAAUAUUACAUAAAAAUAUUCACGUACGUUUAAACGUUGAAUGAAAUCAUUAAGAAAUAAUAUUUUUGCAUUUGCAUUUAAAAAUUGUAAGUCUAUUACUGAAAGUACCUGAUUCGAAAAAUAUGAAAUAAAUGAUAUACUAUGUACUUAGUUAACACAUUAUGGUACGUUUAUCAAGUUGAAAAUUAUACCAGAAAUCGAGAUAAUUAAAUUAAUUUUAAAUGCAUGAGUAGAAGUUAGACUUUUACAUUUAUUUUAUUUAUUAGUAAAUUAGUAAGUUAAUUGAAUUGUCGAAAUAUUUUCUUAAUUCUUUAAACUAUUUCAUAUAUCGUGUCUUGAAUUAUUUAUUGGUAUUUUAAAAAAUUAUGUAAUUAUCAGGUACGUUAAAUAAUCUUUUAAAUUUAUAAUUAAUUUAUUUAAUUUGUAAGGAGUGGAACGUACAAUUCUAGUGCCUCGCGUUUGUAAAUAACAUUUUAAUUAUAUAAAUGUAAAAGAACUACAAAUAUUAUUAAUACGACCAUAAUGUGAUAACAACUUUUAAACUAGAAAUUACUAUUACAAUAUAAAUUAUUUAAAUGUAAAUGCAAUUACAAUGUAACUAUUUAUUUAUUUUCAGAAUAAAAUUUAAAAGAACAAAUUGAGUAUUUAUAUUAUAAUAGGUAGUUAUGUACGAGGAGCAUUAAUUUUCGAGGAUGAAAGUUUACAAUUAAAUCUUUAGUUUUUAACCAUAUAAAUCCCACUGAAAA